AUGUUCCCCUCCGCCCUCAUCGCCGUCACGGCUCUCGUCGCUGUCGCCAGCGCGCAGAACACAACUGUCGAGCCAACGGGAAACACAACUUACUUCUACGGCGACGAUGGCGCGCUCCAGAUCGACCCUAAUGUGGUCGACUCUUCCCUGCGCUCCGCAUGGUGCACUGGUCAACAGAACAACUGCCCCAAGGUUUGCGGUGGUCAGGUCGCCGCUGGUGGCAACAAAUGCGAGGACACCACGCUUGACUGGACUUGCACCUGCUCGGACGGCAGCACACCCAACAUCACUGAUUACGCCGAGAUGAUCCCAUCAUAUGUCUGUGAGCGCUGGAUCGACCUCUGYGUCAUGGCACACCCCGACCAGAGAACGCCUCAGCAAGAAUGCCGAUCCAUCACCUGCGGUGAGAAGAACGCAUCUGAAGCGGACGCGGGCUCCAGCAGCUCCAGCUCCAGCGCACCAGCCAGCUCGCAGACCCCCUCAUCCACAAGUGGCUCUGGCUCCGCCUCUGAGAGCUCCCCAACAUCCUCCUCGACCCCAUCCGACACUGGCGCUGCCGCUGCCUUGAACGUUGCUCAAGCCUACGGCUCCAGCAUCUUUGCUGCCGGCCUUCUCGGUAUCUUCGGUCUGGCGUUGUAG